AUGCCCUCGCGAGCAGCAACGCGCACAGUACGCCUCCGUCGGUCACCGCGCGCUGCGGCACACACGGAGCGCUUGAGGCUGCUCACCUACCCAAUGGCGCUCGCCCAGCGAGGUGCUACAAUGCCGCUCAUCCACAGUCCUACCAUGAACCUUGACCACAGCGGCUUUCCCGCAACGCGGCUUCUUGCGGACACACUGAGCUGCUUCAACAAGGGUGGUGGUGGCGGCGGGGCUCGACUACCCCCUCCGGCCAGAGCGCACGACGAAUUCAUGGGAGGCUCGUCUGGUGUAGCCGCGGCCAGCGAAAAGGAUAACGGCGCCACCGCUGCGCAGACGCUCCCGGCCCCGCGCCGAUGGGUGCGAGAUACCGACGAGCUCUGCAUCGCCUCCAUCCACCGCAGCAACAAUAUCAACCGCAUCAACUCCUACAUCGCAACGUACAGGCUCGACGACCCACAGUGGCGUCCGCUACUGCUGCCGGAGGUGCACGUUUUACCCAAGGCGCGCACCAGCAGCACCGACAUGCCGAAGACCGCAGAUGCACAAGGGCAGCAGAAAACAGCGGAUCACACCAAUCCUGUUUCUUCCUCGACGACACUGAGUGCCGUGGACGGCUAUGACGUCUUCAUCGACUACAACAAGCUCACCACACUGGAGCUCAUGUCGCGGCACUCCAACUAUGCACUGCGACACCUCGUCCAGAAGGGCCACGCCAUGUACCUGGUUACCUUUGCCCAGCACUCAGUAGUGCAGAUGCGCGGUUUGGUGGAGGCGUCCUACGUGAGAUGCGCGUACGGCAUUCGCGGAGAGCGGCUGCGCACGCACAUCAUUCACACCGGGCCCGUUGACGUGCGCGACGUGCUGGAGAUACACCCCGAAACGCUGAGUGUGUCCUUCAACUUACAGAAGCGACAUGUGCGCCGCGGCGUGGUGGCCGUGUCCACUGUGGAGGGCUACGGCACCUGGUUUCAGCGAAAGCCAAUGCUCUGGCAGCGCACGCGCCGCAUCGGUGCUCUGCAGAGCCAGAUGGGCUGCUACGACUACCAGCUGUGCGACAGUGCCGAGGUGGGGCGGCUGCGUCCGUACGAAGUCUCGCUGCUCGCGCCUCACGUGCGCCUGGUCGGCGCCCAGGGCGGGGCCAACGCUGUCGCCCUUGUCGCCUCCUCACAAGUUGCUCAGAACGAGCGGCUUUACAUGGGGCAGUUUGAGGCACCGGUGCUCACCGCCGUGGACGCCGUGCAUCAGCUGAUCCAUCGCAUCGCAGUGCACCAUCAGCUGCUGCGGCCUGCAGUGGCGGAGGCAGCCGGUGGUGAUGCUGCUACAUUUGAGGAUCUUCGGCUACAAGAGCUGCGCCGCCUCGCCGGGAUGGAGCGCUUCCUCCCGGUCAGCUGGGUGACCCGCACUCCACCACCGUACGUGCCGCUCGAGUCAGACCUUCCUUUCCGCAUUCAACUCUCCCGCCCCGCUGUGAUUCGCACCGAUGUGCGUCGCGGGCCAACCCGUGGCAAGGAGAACAGUAAAGUGGCGGCCACCUUUCCAACCGGCGGCUCCGUCGGCUCGCCAUUUGUGAAGGGGGUGCCGUUGAGCCUCUUCGAGUACAACAUCCACCAGGGUGUGGACCACUACAUCUUUGACGACGCCCCUAGCGCACGGCCGCUCAAGUGGUGGAACCAAAAGUCAAACAUGCCGUACAGCGGCUACGUGUACGGCAUGCGAAGCGGUCUGCUCGACUACGUGGAGCCGGCUGAGAAACUACCAAACCCACUUGCGCCACUCACCACGCCCGAGACGUCGGCUACACCUGUGAAGUCGGCGCGCCCGCGGAAGAAGCGUGUUGCCCGCGCACGGCGGCAUACCUCCUCUGGUGGCGGUACUGCAGGGGCAGCAAGUGACGCCCCACUCUCUGCGACAGGUGAAGCAGCAGACGCAGCGCAGCGGGCAGCACCGAGCGCUUCUUCUUCAUCGCAUCCAGAUAAUGCCGAGGACGAUAUGCCGCUGAACCUGGCGGCGGAGGAGCUAACUGCUGGCAAAGAAGAGCUUAGCGGGUACGAGGACGGCAGUAGGCAAGAGGCGACUCUGGACUGGGCUGAAGAUGGCAUGGACGUUUCCUUGGCCUCUCGGCCACCCCUGCAUAUGCUUGUGGCACCUACCACGGCUGCUCAGCGGCGUCUCAGGCGGUAUGCAAAGCCGUCGUCAUCGCUGCCAGCUACUGGUGCUGCGUCCACUCCAUCGGCAACGCUGGCCAGUCGAGCAGAUGUCCUGCUGCGCCGGCAGAUGCGACUGCGGCUAAAGCAGCGACGACAAAAUGCGCAGAGAGUGUCACCGUCACCGCCCGAGGACGCUGCGCGUCCCCCUGGCGCUACCUCCGGCGAGAAAACGCUGUAG